UCAGAAGCUCAUCCGGUUUUCACACGCUCUCUCUCCCUCUCUCUCUCUCUCUCUCUCUCUCUCUCUCUCUGAUUUCUGAGUUCCCAUUUCUCUCUCUGAUUUCUGAGUUCCCAUUUCAGAGAAUGGGUUAAUGUGAGCAAUUUCAACGGGGAAACUGGACUGUAAACAACAAUCUUGCCUUUUCAACUCUGUUUGGAUUAUUAACAAACAAUUUUGGUUCGUAUUAGCAAGCUAUAGUGUUUCUUUCGAGUACGACUUGUAGUGGAGGCUAAGAGAUGCAAGAUAUCCACUCAGUUGGUGGCGGAGGCCGGUUAUUUAGCGGCGGAGGAGGUGACCGGAGGCUGAGGCCGCAUCAUCACCAGAACCAACAAGCAUUAAAGUGCCCAAGGUGCGACUCACUCAACACCAAGUUCUGCUACUACAACAACUACAACCUUUCACAGCCACGCCACUUCUGCAAGAGCUGCCGUAGGUACUGGACUAAAGGCGGCGUCCUCCGCAACGUCCCCGUUGGCGGGGGCUGUCGCAAGACAAAGCGGUCUAAGCCCAAACAAGCCACCUCCACUGCAGACCCUGCCACCACCUCAACUAAUACAGCAACUACAACUAUCAUUACGACGCCGGCACCACCACCACAGCAGCAGCAACAGCAACAACAACAACAACGAGAGCGGAGAUCAUCAAAUUCUCAUUCUAGCAGCGAAAGCUCCAGUCUGACAGCCACAAAUACGACAACGGCUAACAAUGGUUUAGAAGCAGUUUCUGCGCAUUCUUCGAGCUCUGCUUCUAAUAAUGUAUUGAAUGGUAUUGGUGAAUCUAAGCUAUUUUCACAUAGCUUUGAGCCUGGUUUGCUAGAGCAAGGAGCCGACUGCGGGAUCUUCUCAGAGAUUGGAAGCUUCACAAGCUUAAUUACCUCUACGAACGAGCAGUUGCCAAUUGGAUUCGGUAACAUAAUGAAUUUUAAGUGUUUUGAACAUGUCCAUCAGAAUCAGAAUCAGCAGUGGCAACAGCAGCAACAGAAGAUGGUGGGUAUUAGUGGGGAGGAGAUGAAGAUGCAGGAGAUGGCAGGAGUAUUGAUUGAUCAGACGGUUCACGUUGAGUUAUCAGCUUUGCCGAGUAGUGGAUCAGGAACUGGGGGGUUUGGACCGUUGGAUUGGCAGGGUACUGGAGAUCAAGGUUUGUUUGAUCUUCCCAACGCCGUUGAUCAAACUUACUGGAGCCAGAGUCAGUGGACUGAUCAGGAUCCCCCGAGUCUCUAUCUCCCGUCCUUGAUGAACUUCCUGUAGUUCUGUUGCAGUUACAGAAUGAUGACCAAUGUUCAUAGUAAAGACACCUUUCCAAGUCCCUGUAUGAUCUCUAAGCAACCCUCCUGUAUUAAAACCAUCAAUGUUGAUUUUACACCCCCCUGAAUCUGGAGAAUGCCAGUCUAUAAGCCUCUCAGUGUGAGAAUAUUUAUCCAUCGUCCGCGGCUCUAUCAACAGUUUAACCAUCAUUGCUGUUUAA